CAACAGUACGAUAUACGAGCAAGUGUGUUUGAUUUGACAAUUGAAUUUCGAAUUGGUUUUGUUUUAAUUCUCUAGUAUUGAUCGAAAUUAUUAUUUUUUUUUUUUGAAAAAAGAUGGACAAUCGUAUCAAAUUAAGUGAUGGUUCAUUGGAUUUAAUCCUUGAACAACGCAAUUUAAAUCUUCGGCCUAUCGUGCAGGUAUUGGGUGCUAAAGUGUUGGCCAAUAAUCGUUUACGUGUAGUAGUAUUUGAUGGUCGUACACUUUGUCAACAUUGCAUCAUGAUUGCCGAAGAGAUGGAAAAUUUAUUCAAUCAAGGACAAUUGGAUAAAUUCACUAUAAUACGUUUGGAACAAUAUUCCGUAUCAUCGAUACCGAAAAAGGAAAAUACUCCUGUUAUUUUGGUUCAAAAAGUGGAAAUUAUUAAAAAUGGCAAUGAUGUUGGUAAAAAAUUGGAUCCAGAUGAAUCUAUCGAUCUGGUUGAUACUGCUGCUUCUGCUGGUACAUCUGGUAAUACUAGUGCUGCUGCUGUGGCGGAUUCUGUUAUGACUGACAGUGCUUCUUCGUCAACAAUCAUUCGAAACACAAUGAAUCAAUUGACUAGUUCAACACAAAAGAAGCCACCAAUGAAAGCUACUGCUGGUGAUAUUGAAAUACGAACCGAAAAUGUUUGUCCAAUUAGUGUAUUGACACCAUUCUAUAAUUCUUGGAUGAUUCGUGCAUUGUGUAUACAUAAAGGUGCACAUCGCACUUAUAGCAAUCAACGCGGCCAAGGUCGUUUGUUUAGCUUUGACCUUUGUGAUGAUACUGGAGAAAUACGUGUCACUUGUUUCAAUGACGAAUGUGAUCGUUUUUAUAAUUUGAUCCAGAAAGAUCGUUGCUAUUAUGUUGGACGUGGUAUGAUCAAAACUGCUAACAAAAAAUUUUCUACAGUAAAUAAUGAUUAUGAAAUUACGUUGACACAAAAUAGUUUUGUUAAGCUUUGUGAAGAUGCCCAAAUUGAAGCACCGAAAUUACGUUAUAAAUUCAUUCCAUUAGCAACAAUUGCCGAUAAGGAUGCUAAUAGUGCUGUCGAUGUUAUUGGAGUUAUCCGAUCUGUUGGUGAAAUUGAAACAUUAACAUCAAAAAAGACAUCAAAAGACUUGAUAAAACGUGAAAUUAUAAUUGUCGAUAAAUCAUUGGCUGAAGCACGAUUGACAUUAUGGGGUGAACAAGCGCAAAUGUUUAAUGGUCAACCAGAUCAGAUUCUUGCUUUGAAAGGAGCAUCGAUUGGUGAUUUUAAAGGUAAAACCUUAUCGGCUCGUGAUUCAACAGACAUUUCAAUUGAUCCAGAUUUGCCGGAAAAAAAUCUACUUGAAGCUUGGCAUUGUUCAUUGAGUGGUAAUGAAAAUUUCAAUCAAUUAUCAAAAACAUCGGAUUCACCGGCUAUUUGUCAAAUGAAUCAUUUCAUUGCACAGAUAAUACCGAAAAAGCUUAAACUGGAUGAAACAUUUAAUUUCUAUACAACAGCUACUGUUCAUGCAUUUAAUCGUAUACAUAAUCAACUUUACAAAGCAUGUGGUUAUAAUAAAUGUCAGAAAAAAGUAACCGAUACUGAUGGAACUGGUGCCUAUCAUUGUUCUAAAUGUGAACGAACAUCAGCUAUAUUUGAAUGGCGUUUAAUGAUCAGUGUAUUGUUAGGUGAUUCAAGUGGUUCAUUCUGGGCAACUUUAUUUCAAGAUCAAGCAGAAAAAUUGCUAGGAAAAUCUGUAGCUGAACUGGUCCAGUUAUAUGAAGAGGAUCAAAAUCUUUACAAUGCUAUUGUAGAUGAACUAUGUUUCAAACAAUUUAAUUUCCGUAUCUACUCACGUUUGGAACAAUAUAAUGGGGAAAAUCGUAUUCGUCAUACUGUUGGACAGAUUUAUUUUUUGAAACCAAAAGCAACAAUGACAAAACUAUUGCGCUCAAUUGAAAUUGUGUCACGUCAGCUUUAAACAGCAACGAUGAAAAAUUUAAAAUUUUUCUUUUUUUUUCAAAAUUUCAAAAUCUCAAAUAGAGAAAAUGUCAGAAAAUGAA